AUGCAACCCAAUGAGGUCUCCGAACGGAUGAUGAUGAAUCAAUCGUCGACAAGAUUGAAUGACAUUUACAUUAAAUUGAAUAAUACUAUUGAACCGAUGAUCAUUUUACUUGGAACUAUUGGUAAUCUAAUUAGUAUUUAUGUAUUUUCGCGUCCUGCAGUACGUUCAUCAUGUUCAACAUACUUUUUCGCAUUAUCCGUGAAUAAUUUUCCGGUAUUAUAUUUUGGUGUUCUAACAAGAAUGUUAGCAGAUGGUUUUUCUAUCGAUCCUACACGUUACUCAGCAUUUUUCUGUAAAUUUCGUAAUUAUUUCUCGUAUGUUGUGUAUCAAUUAACACCAUGGUUAACAUUAUUAGCAACUAUUGAUCGAUGGUGUGCAUCAUCAACAAAUCCAAAUGUUCGUAAAUUUAGCACAAUUUAUGUUUCAUAUCGUGUCAUUUUUGCUGCGACGCUUAUUUUAGCAUUAAGUAAUUUACAUAUGUUUAUUUUUUUUGAAAUUCAUGUAAAAUAUUCAAUAUGUAUACCUAAAGCCGGUAUUUAUACAAAAUUUUUUAGUACAUCCGCAUGGAUAAUGGGUCUGUUAUGUUUAUCGUUAACAAUUCUAUUUGGCCUGUUAACAAUGUCAAAUAUUCGUCAACAACGUUGUCGUUAUCGUCAGUUAGAUCGUCAAUUGAGCUUUAUGGUUCUGUUUUAUGCUUUACUCUAUAUUAUCUUAGGUAUACCGUUUUCAUUUUUAACAUUUUUAUCAACAAUGUUAACUAGAAAGGGACAUGUUUUUCAUUUCAUAACAAACUUAUCUCGAAUUACAUUGAAUAUGAGUUAUUGUUUAACAUUUAAUAUGUAUGGAUUAGGUGCAAGAUUAUAUCGUUACGAAUUUUUUAAUGUUAUUAACAAAAUAUCAUAUUAUACGCUUGGUAUUAACGUAAUUACAUUUCAAGUACCGCAUACUCAAUCAAGAUUUAUACAAGUAAGACGAAUGGAAAAUAGAAAAUCAACAGAAUUGGCAUUAUUACCAAUAUCAACAACUGCAAGAAAAUGA